AUGGCGUAUUGGAGAGGCGGAGGGCGGCGUCGCCGAUGGGGAACGGAGCCCCCCGCAGAAAGCGGCGAGGGAGAGGCGCCGCAGCGGGAUGAUAGCUCCUCGUUUUCUGCCCUCAAGCGUUUGGAGCGCAGCCAGUGGACCGACAAGAUCGAUGCACAAUUUGGGUUUGAGAGGAUGAAAGAACCAGGCGAAAGGACAGGGUGGUUGAUCAACAUGCACCCUACGGAGGUGUUAGAUGAAGAUAAACGUUUGGUCAGCGCUGUGGAUUACUAUUUCAUUCAGGAGGACGGAAGUAGGUUUAAGGUGGCAUUGCCCUAUAGGCCAUACUUCUACAUUGCAACCCAAAAGGGUUGUGACCGAGAAGUGUCAUCCUUCCUUUCCAAGAAGUUCCAAGGCAAAAUAACAAAACUGGACACUGUACCCAAAGAGGACCUGGACCUGCCAAAUCACCUGGUCGGCCUGAAGCGGAGCUACCUCAAGCUGUCUUUCAACACUGUGGAUGACCUGGUAAAGGUGCGCAAGGAGAUCACACCUGCUGUGAAGAAAAACAGGGAACGGGACCAAGCGAUGGAGACUUACACCACCAUGCUGACCAGUGCCCUUGCUGGGAACAGCCUGUCCAGCAAGGAGGACGCUCCCUCCAAGAAGACUGCUGACCAGAUGGACAACAUAGUGGACAUGCGGGAGUACGACGUCCCCUACCACAUCCGCCUGUCAAUUGAUCUGAAGAUCCACGUGGCUCACUGGUACAAUGUCCGCUUCCGAGGCAGCAGCUUCCCGCCUGAAAUCACCCGGCGAGAUGACCUGGUUGAACGGCCGGAUCCUGUCGUCCUGGCCUUUGACAUCGAGACCACCAAACUCCCUUUAAAGUUUCCUGAUGCAGAAACGGACCAGAUCAUGAUGAUCUCCUACAUGAUUGAUGGCCAGGGUUACUUGAUCACAAACAGAGAGAUCGUUUCAGAGGACAUUGAAGAUUUUGAGUUUACUCCCAAGCCGGAGUAUGAGGGGCCUUUCUGUGUCUUUAAUGAACCAGAUGAGGCCCACCUCAUCCAGAGGUGGUUUGAACAUGUUCAGGAGACCAAGCCAACCAUCAUGGUGACAUACAACGGAGACUUCUUUGACUGGCCCUUUGUGGAAACCAGAGCAGCAGCUCACGGGAUGAAUAUGCAGCAGGAGAUCGGAUUCCAAAAGGACAGCCAGGGGGAAUACAAAGCUCCUUCGUGCAUCCACAUGGAUUGUCUCAGGUGGGUUAAGAGAGACAGUUACCUCCCAGUGGGAAGCCAUAACUUGAAAGCGGCAGCCAAAGCGAAGCUGGGCUAUGACCCCGUGGAGCUGGAUCCUGAAGAGAUGUGCCGGAUGGCUACUGAGGAACCUCAGACUCUGGCCACCUACUCAGUGUCCGACGCUGUUGCUACUUACUACAUGUACAUGAAAUAUGUCCACCCUUUCAUCUUUGCUUUGUGUACCAUCAUUCCCAUGGAGCCGGAUGAAGUGCUGCGAAAGGGCUCAGGGACUCUUUGCGAGGCGCUGCUCAUGGUCCAGGCCUAUCACGCCAACAUCAUCUUCCCCAACAAGCAAGAGCAGGAGUUCAACAAGCUCACCGACGAUGGGCACGUGCUGGACUCGGAGACCUAUGUUGGGGGCCAUGUGGAGGCCCUGGAGUCGGGGGUCUUUCGCAGCGACAUCCCCUGCCGCUUCAAGAUGAACCCUGCUGCCUUCGACUUCCUUUUACAGCGUGUGGAGAAGACUCUGCGCCACGCCAUUGAGGAAGAGGAGGGAAUACUCCUUGACCAAGUGACCAACUUCCAGGAGGUUUGCGAUGAAAUCAAAGUCAAGCUGAACUCCCUGAAGGAAGUCCCCAACAGGAUUGAAUGUCCUCUGAUAUACCACCUGGACGUGGGGGCCAUGUACCCAAAUAUAAUCCUAACCAACCGGCUUCAGCCCUCGGCGAUGGUGAACGAGGCCACGUGUGCCGCCUGCGACUUUAACAAACCAGGCGCCAACUGUCAGCGGCGGAUGACCUGGCAGUGGAGAGGAGAAUUCAUGCCCGCGAGCCGCAGCGAGUACCAUCGCAUCCAGCAGCAGCUGGAGUCGGAGAAGUUCCCCCCUCUCUUCCCAGAUGGACCGCCCCGGGUAUUCCACGGGCUCUCCCGGGAGGAGCAAGCCAAAUACGAGAAGAAGCGCUUGGCAGAUUACUGCCGCAAAGCCUACAAGAAAAUCCAUGUGACGAAGGUUGAGGAGCGUGUCACCACCAUCUGCCAGCGGGAAAACUCCUUCUAUGUGGACACCGUGCGGGCCUUUCGCGACCGCCGCUACGAGUUCAAGGGGCUGCAUAAGGUGUGGAAGAAGAAGCUGGCUGCCGCCAUGGAGUCGGGUGACGCCUCGGAAGCGAAGCGCUGCAAGAACAUGGAGAUCUUGUACGACUCCCUGCAGCUGGCACACAAGUGCAUCCUCAACUCCUUUUACGGAUACGUCAUGCGCAAAGGAGCUCGGUGGUACUCCAUGGAAAUGGCUGGCAUCGUCUGCUUCACUGGCGCCAACAUCAUCACACAGGCCAGGGAGCUGAUAGAGCAAAUUGGGAGGCCACUGGAGCUGGACACAGACGGGAUCUGGUGUGUGCUUCCAAACAGCUUCCCGGAAAACUUUGUCAUCAAAUCGACCCACGCCAAGAAGCCCAAGGUGACAAUCUCCUAUCCGGGUGCUAUGCUGAACAUCAUGGUGAAGGAAGGGUUUACAAACGAUCAAUACCAGGAGCUGGUGGACCCAGCCUCGCUCACCUACGUUUCCCGCUCGGAGAACAGCAUCUUUUUUGAAGUGGACGGCCCAUACUUGGCCAUGAUUCUCCCCGCCUCCAAGGAAGAAGGCAAGAAGCUGAAGAAAAGGUAUGCUGUGUUCAACGAAGACGGCUCCUUGGCUGAGCUGAAGGGGUUUGAGGUGAAGCGGCGGGGGGAGCUGCAGCUGGUCAAGAUCUUCCAGUCGUCCGUCUUUGAGGCCUUCUUGAAAGGCACCACUUUGGAAGAGGUUUAUGCCUCCGUCGCCAAAGUGGCCGACUACUGGCUGGAUGUGCUCUACAGCAAGGCUGCCAAUAUGCCUGACUCUGAGUUAUUUGAGCUUAUCUCCGAGAACCGGUCCAUGUCCCGCAAGCUGGAGGAUUAUGGGGAGCAAAAAUCCACCUCCAUCAGCACUGCCAAGCGCCUGGCUGAGUUCCUGGGGGAUCAGAUGGUGAAGGAUGCUGGUCUGAGCUGCCGGUUUAUCAUUUCUAAGAAGCCAGAAGGAUCCCCAGUCACAGAGAGGGCCAUUCCGCUGGCCAUUUUCCAGGCUGAGCUCUCGGUCCGCAGGCACUAUCUCCGGAAAUGGCUCAAGAGCCCCUCCCUGCAGGAUUUUGACAUCCGGACGAUCCUGGAUUGGGACUAUUACAUCGAGAGAUUGGGCAGCACAAUUCAGAAAAUCAUCACCAUCCCAGCAGCCCUACAGCAGGUAAAAAACCCCGUUCCUCGCGUCCGACACCCCGACUGGCUCCACAAGAAGCUCUUGGAAAAGAACGACAUGUACAAGCAGAAGAAAAUCAGUGAGCUGUUCACAAGUGAGGGCAAGAGACAGGUCUCCGCCAACGUAAUCCAGGAGGGCACGCCCUCCACACAGGUGGCAGACAUGGAAGAUUUUGGGGUCGCCAAGUCUCUGCAGCCGGGGGUCCCCGUGUCAAAUAAACGUAAACGCAUCCCUACAGCAGAGGAGAGCCAGCAGCAGUCCCAGAAUCCGGAACUAACGCAGUCCUGGAGGGAGAUCUUGGGUCCGCCACCUCCCACUGGAACCACCAAGGAGGAGCGCCUGGUCUGGCUGUGCUACCACAAGAAGAAGUGGGAGAUUCAGGCUCGCCAGCGCCAGGAGCGCCGCAAGAGGCGGCGGCUGGCAGAUGGCGAGUCGGUCCUGGCCGGGGGUGUGAUCCGGGCAAGGACCUCCAUGGGGCUUGGGAGCUACCUGAGCAAAACGGCACGCAGCAUCCUGGACAUGCCCUGGCAGAUCGUGCAGAUCGCUGAGACCAGCCAGCCAGGCCUCUUCAAGCUGUGGGCCGUCGUUGGAAGCGACCUGCAUUGCCUCAAGCUGAAUGUCCCCCGCGUUUUCUACGUCAACCAACGCGUCCCUAAACCUGAAGAGAGCACUGCGUAUCGUAAGGUAAACAGGAUCCUUCCUCGUUCCAACUUGGUUUACAACCUCUAUGAGUACUCUGUGCCCGAGGAAAUGUACCAGGAGCACAUCAACGAAAUUAACGCCAGCCUCUCUGCCCCAGAUAUCGAGGGGGUGUACGAGACCCAGAUCCCAUUACUGCUGCGGGCCCUGAUCCACCUGGGCUGUGUGUGCAUGGUCAACAGGAACUUGGUGAGGCACCUCACUGGCCGGGAGGCUGAAACCUUCAACCUGGAGCACCUUGAGAUGCGCUCCCUGGCCCAGUUCAGCUACCUGGAGCCAGGUAGCAUCCGGCACAUCUACCUGUACCACAACUCCCAAGGCAACAAGGCGUUGUUUGGCCUCUUCGUCCCAUCUCAGCGGAAGGCGUCUGUUUUUGUGCUUGACACGGUGCGGAGCAACCAGAUGCCCAACCUCAGCAACAUGUACUCGGCGGAGCACAGCGCCAUGGUGGCGAAGGUGGGCGAGGAGCUCCUUCCACCCAACAAGCAUGCCUUCGAGGUGCGAGCGGAGACAGACCUCAAGACCGUCUGCAGGGCCAUCCAGCGCCUCCUGCUGGGCUACAAGGACGAGCGCCGAGGUCCCACCCUCAUCGCCGUGCAGUCCAAUUGGGACUUGAAGAGGCUGGUCGGAGGGAUGCCCGUCUUCGAGGAGUUCCCGCUGGUUCCCGUCCAGGUGGCCGACGACGUCAACUACAGCAUCCUGGACUGGCAGCGGCAUGCUGCGCGGCACAUGAUCCGGCGCUACCUCAGUUUGGACACCUGCCUUUCUCAGGCCUUUGAGAUGAGCAGGUACUACCACAUCCCCAUCGGGAACCUCCCUGACGACAUCUCCACCUUUGGCACGGACCUCUUCUUCUCCCGCCACCUCCACCGCCACAACCACCUCCUGUGGCUCUCUCCCACCUCCCGCCCGGACCUGGGGGGCAAGGAGGCAGACGACAGCCGCCUGGUCAUGGAGUUCGACGAGAGGGUCUCCGUCGAGAUCAAUAACCCGGGCUGCUAUUCCACAGUCUGCGUGGAGCUCGACAUCCAGAGCCUGGCGGUGAACACCGUCCUGCAGUCCCAUCACGUCAACGACAUGGAGGGGGCCUCCAGCAUGUGCAUCAGCUUUGACGUGAUCCAGCAGGCAUCGCUGGAGGACAUGGUCACGGGGAACCAGGCAACCAGCACCCUGGCCAGCUACGACGAAACGGCCCUCUGCUCCAACACAUUCAGGGUAUUGAAAAGCGUGGUGGUCGGCUGGGUGAAGGAGAUCACGCAGUACCACAACGUCUACGCCGACAACCAGGUGAUCCAUUUCUACCGCUGGCUGCGCUCCCCGACUUCGCUGCUCUACGAUCCUGCCUUGCACCGCAUGUUGCACAGCAUGAUGAAGAAGCUCUUCCUCCAGUUGGUGGCAGAGUUCAAGCGCCUCGGCUCCUCGGUGGUUUACGCCAAUUUCAACCGCAUCAUCCUAUGCACCAAGAAGCGGCGCAUCGAGGAUGCCCUGGCGUACAUGGAGUACAUCACCAACAGCAUCCAUUCGAGAGAAAUCUUCCACUCUUUGACCAUUUCUUUCUCGCGCUGCUGGGAGUUCUUGCUGUGGAUGGACCCGGCUAAUUACGGCGGGAUCAAAGGCAAAGUGCCGUCCCAGAUCCACUACGGGGAGGGGAUCAGCGAGAAACGGGCAGUCUCCGUUGAAGGCAGUGAAGGGGAGGAGGAGGAAGAAGAAGAAGAAGAGGAGAAGGAAGAAGGGGCUGAAGAGGACAAUGGAGUGGAAGAACUGCUGGAGAACAAUUGGAACAUCAUGCAGUACCUGCCCCAAGCAGCCUCCUGCCAGAAUUACUUCCUCAUGAUCGUGUCUGCGUACAUCGUUGCUGUCUACCACAGCAUGAAGGAAGAGAUGCGUCGGUGCGCUCCUGGGAACACCCCCGUCAAGAGGCGAGCAAGCAGCCAGGUCUCCCAGGAGCCUGUGGGAGAGGGAGGUGUCAUGCCUGGCAUGAUCACCUUCUCUCAGGAGUACGUCACCAACGAGCUCACCCAGAGCUUCUUCACCAUCACCCAGAAGGUGCAGAAGAAGGUGACCGGUUCCCGUCGGACCACGGAGCCCUCCGAGAUGUUCCCCGCUCUGCCCGGCUCCCACCUGAUGCUCAACAAUCCAGCGCUGGAGUUUGUGAAGUACGUCUGCAAGGUCUUGUCUCUGGACACGAACAUCGCCAACCAGGUGAGCAAGCUGAAACGGGACCUGCUGCGCCUGAUUGAAGUGGGGGAGUUCUCAGAAGAGGCCGAGUUCCGGGACCCCUGUCGCUCUUACGUCCUCCCAGAGAUGAUCUGCAGGAACUGCAACUUCUGCCGAGACCUGGACCUCUGCAAGGACCCGGCCCUCUCUCAGGAUGGCUCUGUGCUUCCUACCUGGGCCUGCUCCAACUGCCAGGCCCAGUACGACUUGGAUGCCAUUGAGAUGGCCCUGGUGGAAGCCCUGCAAAAGAAGCUGAUGGCCUUCACCCUUCAAGAUCUGGUGUGCCUCAAGUGCAAAGGCAUCAAAGACACACACAUGCCUGUUUACUGCAGCUGUGCUGGAGAUUUCGACCUCCUGCUGCCCACCAAGGCCUUCUUGGAACAGCUGAAGGUCUUUCAAAGCAUCGCCCGCCACUACAACAUGGGCUACCUGCUGGAAAAUAUUAAAUGGCUGCUUCAGAUGAACCCUCAGCUUCUCUUGUAAGAUGAGGAUACUACCGCUGUGGACAGGCUGGCGCACACCUGCACCCCAGCGUCAGAGCCCCCACACACCUGCCAUGGGGUCCUGGGACCUAGACUAUUCUCCUGGCCAGGCUGCAGGUUCAGCUUCGCCCUGGGACAAAAACAUUCAGAGGCUUGACGUUUGUUGCGUGCUGCGGGGAAGCAGGCAACGCCUUUUGGUGAGCGAAUUGUGGAGGGAGGGGGACCAUCCUCUGAAACCAAGCCCAGGAGCAAGUGAAGAGGCCUCCACAAAUAGGCUAACUAACUUCCUGCUUCUUUGAUCCCCUUUUGCUGGGAUUUGGGAGUGCAAGACACAGAAAAAAAGCCUUCAAUCACGGAGCUCUCCUUUUUUUGCCCCAAUUUUAUUCUGUGUUUCUGUGUGUGU